AACAAGCUCCUUCAGCAACGUCACUAUUUUGGUGAAUACGUCUGAAACAUUUUACUACUACUACCUUCAUCAUGGGAGCUAUUGUCUUAGCUUUGACUCUGUUACUCAUGGUACUUUAUUGUCAGAGUGAGAAUCCACAGAGAUUUAUCUCAACCAUGUAUCAAGCUACCAACCGAGUCUUGGAGAAUCAUGUGUUUCGCAUAAAGACUGUAUCUUCGCAUGUGAUCUGUGGGCGAGAUUGCGUUAUGGACCCACAAUGUGCAUCUUUCAACUACCAAAUAAAUAACCGUAUUUGUGAGUUCAAUAAUUUCACAAGAGCAAACUGCCCUGAUGAAUUUAUCGAAUCUCGGGGCAAUGUCUACUUUGAUGAACAAGUGGACACUCCUUCAUUCGCCAUUCCGAAUGUGAAGAUAAACAGCAGUUGUCUGAACUUCUACCAAGCAGGUUACCGUGGCAAUGGCAUAUACACAAUCUACCCUACAAGCCUGGCUGAUGGGGUAAGGGUUUACUGUGAUAUGGAGACUGAUGGUGGAGGCUGGAUCGUGUUCCAGAGGAGACAAGAUGGUUCUGUUGACUUUUACCGCAACUGGACUGAAUACCAAUCUGGGUUUGGCGAUCUAAGUAAUGAGUUCUGGUUAGGGAAUGAUAUCCUGCGUGACCUUACUGGGUCAGGCCAAUGGGAGCUCAGGGUAGAUAUGGGAGAUUGGCAGUCCAACACAUCAUGGGCUUCAUAUGGUGAGUUUGCUGUUACAGGUGACAAGUACACUCUCCAUGUUGGUUCAUAUGAUGUUCAGAGUACAGCAGGUGAUUCAAUGGCUGGUCAUAAUGGUUUGUCAUUCACAACGAAGGAUCAGGACAAUGAUAUUAAAAUUAACAACUGUGCUAUGCAGUUUAAGGGUGCUUGGUGGUACGGUGCUUGCUUUGUGGCUCAUCUGAACGGCAGAUACUACCAUCGGGGAGUUGUGUCGCAUGGACAAGGUAUUCAGUGGCACCAUUGGACAGGGUUUUACUACUCCCUGAAGAGUUGCAGCAUGAACAUACGGCAAGUUGUGUAA